AUCCGGGGAGCUACAGUCGUCAUCACUGGAUGCAGUUCCGGCAUCGGCGAACAGAUGGCGUACCAGUACGCUCGGCUGGGAGCGAAGAUCCUCAUCACAGCCAGGAGGGAGAACCGGCUCAAGGAGGUAAUUGCCAAGGCGAAGUCUUUAGGUGCUGCGGAGGCGCACUACGUGACCGGGGACAUGGGGAAACCGGCGGACUGUGAGAGAACUAUUCAAACUGCCAAGGAGAAAUUCGGCCGGUUGGACUAUCUAGUCCUGAACCACGUCGGGUCCAGUUUUGGGUCCAUCAACAAAUGGGCGGAAGCCCUGCAGUUUUGGGAGGAUAACCCGGACAUGGAGUUCUUCGUGGACUUUCUAAACAUCAACAUGAUCAGUUACGUCCGGCUGGCCUCCCUGGCUCUGCCUCUGCUGAGGGAGGGAAACGGGCACAUCGUGGUCAUGUCCUCAUAUGCAGCUAAGAUCCCGAACCUGUACUAUUCCCUGGCCAGCGCGGUUCAGUUCGCUCUGGACGGGUUUUUCAGUACCCUCCGUGCGGAGCUGAUGAAAGCAGACCGGAACGUGUCGGUCACAAUAGCCGUACUGGGCAUGGUUCAUACGGAGGGCACGGAGAGAAUGCUGAAGAAAAUAGAAGGAGGUGAGGCAAUGCUGGCUAUGGCCGCCCCGGUAAAUGAGACGGCCCAGACCAUCAUACGGGGAGCGGCAACCCGGACCAGGGAGAUCUACUACCCCUUCUACUCCUGGCCUGUCUCCAACAUCAGGCGGCUGCCCACUUUCCUAGAGGACUACUUAGUCUUAGACCUUUUAGCUAUGUAACACCGUUCAUAGUUAGUCUCCACCAGACUUCUUUCGCAGGCUGAAUAAAUAGUAGAAAUCGGCCUAAAAGGGGUAUUAAAGGCAUCCAAUGCGAUUUCA